AUGAGGCUCAUUAUCAGAGACGACCCCGUGUCGGCGUCAUCGUACAUCGCCAACUACAUCAUCGAGAGGAUCAAUAACUUCAACCCCACCAAAGAGCACCCUUUUGUGCUCGGCCUGCCAACUGGAUCCAGUCCCGUUAGCGUCUACAAAGUCCUCGUCGAGAGAUAUAAGGCCGGAGAUGUAUCUUUCGAAAAUGUAGUCACAUUCAAUAUGGAUGAAUAUAUCGGCAUCCCUCGUGAACACCCCCAGAGUUACCACACGUAUAUGUACGACCAUUUUUUCUCCCACGUCAACGUCCACCCGUCCAAUAUCCACAUCCUGAACGGAAACGCAAUCGACCCUGAAACAGAGUGUGUACAAUAUGAGGCCGCAAUCAAAGCCGCUGGAGGUAUUGAUUUAUUUCUCGGUGGCAUUGGCCCGGAUGGACAUAUUGCGUUCAAUGAGCCAGGAUCCUCGCUACUAUCGCGCACAAGAGUUAAGACUCUAGCUUAUGACACCAUUCUUGCCAAUAGUCGAUUCUUUGGAAACGAUUUGGAAAAGGUGCCUAAGAUGGCGUUGACGGUUGGCGUUCAGACUAUAUUGGAAGCACGGGAGGUGGUGAUCAUUAUCACUGGAGCACACAAGUCUAUGGCGCUCAAGAAGUGUGUUGAGGAUGGAGUCAAUCACAUGUGGACGCUUUCAAGCCUACAGCUCCACCCACACCCGAUGAUUGUGGUUGACGAAGAUGCAACAUUAGAACUUCAAGUUAAGACAGUCAAGUAUUUCAAAUCCAUCGAGGCCGUUGCCACCUCCCAAGGCUUCGAGCAAAUCCUCCCUAGCAAAGUUCGCACUGGCCCACGCCCGCGCGCAAUAGCGAAGAAAAUCGGGGCCGGGCCAGAAAUUCAAGAACCAGGCAUCCUGGAACCCCAACCGGUGACAAGCACCCUGUUGACUGCUCCCGCGAAUGAGUAUCCUGUGCGUAGUCAUACACCAGAAUUAAUCCCCGAUCGGAUGGGCAGCCGAAUCACGGCGCACUGA